AUGCAAUUCAAACGUUUUCUUCUUUGUUUUGUGAAGUGCGUAAAUUUUAUUGUUUCUGUAUUUUUCUUGUUAGUUUGUCUUGAUGCGUUAUUCAUCAUUGAAAAUAUUAGUUCAGGUUAUUGGGUUAUUAAGUUAUUGCCCUUUUUAUUUCUAUUAAAUCAAAUUUGGUACUUCUACAGGUUUAGUGGAAACUGAUCCUGAAGGAGCACUAGCUGGUUUUGGUGAAGUUGUCCGAAUGGAAUCUGAGAAAGCAGAAUGGUGCGUAUGUCAUGUGAUCCUUCUGCCUCUCAUUAGAUCAGAAUGGGUACUCCGAAUGUAUAGUUUUCAAUAUUUUCUUUCUAGAUCACGUGCUUCAUGGCACUUAAUAUUUUUUUUCUGUAUCUGGCUGAUUUAGGUGACACUGAAUAAAAUCUACGAUGUUUUAUAUCGAUUUUUCGAAAAAUACCAUUAAAAUGUGAAAAACACUUUCUGAAAGACUUUCGCUACCCAUUAUCACAUGUAGCUGUUGGAAUUUGAAAAUGUUUUGACUUGGUGCAUAAUUGUGGAUAUCCAUUGGCUAACAUUGGAGUAAGUUGUCCGUCGUUCCUUCUCGCAGUUUUUGUGCUUUUUUCUUUCAUUUCAUCUGAUAGCACACGACUUUUACAGUUUCCUAAGAAAUGCACAUGCACACAUGGAAGAAUCCCGUGAUUUCCUCACCGGGUUUUUUUUUCUGUGAAAGAAAAAAACCAGUUUCACCUUUCCUUCUGAAAAUUAAAUUUCCAUUUUCGUAUACUCUCCCUGGUCGCGGACAAUCUAUCAGACAUUUCUUUAGAGUUAUUAUCUUUUUUAGCCUGUUCGUGGCCUUGUAGAUUGCCUUAAAUCGUCAUUAUUAUUUCUUGAUUUGCACUUUCUUUAUCAUACGUUUGAUAAAGUUAUGAAUCUUCUAUUGAUCAGGGGAUUUAAAGCCCUAAAGCAGACCGUUAAACUUUAUUAUCGCCUGGGAAAACAUAAAGAUAUGAUGGAAGCAUAUCGGGAAAUGUUAACAUACAUCAAGUCUGCUGUAACGCGGAAUUACAGUGAGAAAUGCAUAAAUAACAUAAUGGACUUCAUCUCUGGAUCUGCCAGCCAAAACUCCAGUCUCCUUCAGGAGUUCUAUCAAGCAACACUGAAGGCCCUUGAAGAGGCCAAGAAUGAGGUCUGUCAUCGCUGGUCUGCCUACUCCUGAUCUCUCGCCCGUGUCCUAUAUUCCCUCUGCCUGAUCUGUCCCCCCCUCCCCCCCCCGUUCGUCUCAGAGACUAUGGUUUAAGACAAAUCUUAAGCUUUGCAAGAUCUGGUUUGACACGGGCGAGUAUGGUCGGAUGAACAAGGUAAUACACAGCUUCUUUUUUUUUCUAUAAUGGGACCUCAUCUUUAAUAGCAAUCUGUACCCGAUGUCAAUAUAUAUAUAUAUAUGUGUGUGUGUGUGUGUGUGUGUGCGUGUGUGUGUAUAUAUACUUAUGUUGUUCAUACUUGUAG